CAAUUGGCUGCAUACUUUGUGACCUAGUGUAGCGGCGCAACACAAUUCAGGCAGCCUUGACUGGGUUUUCUAGAACAAGUCUUGCCAAGUGGCGCCGCGGCCUUCGUAAUCAAAUGACUUACAGACUCUGUUACCCGGUAUAGCUAUUUAUAACGCGACCAGGCGAACUCUGCGUAGUCGCGACUAUCUCUUAAAUAAGAAGCGGUGUUUGAACUGGCUUGACUAGCGUUUGGAUGGCAACCAGGCUGGUUGCGCUGCUGACAACUAUGGCCGGCUCAGGAAGUGCGCAGGCGCAGCCCGGGAAGCUGCCCAAGCAGCCGAGCGGCCGCGUCAUUCCCGGUGUUGACAAGAGCCAACUUGCCGGCCUGCAAGCACGUUGCCUACUGGCCGCGUGCAUUGCGCUAGCCGGGUUUUUAGUUGUUAUGCUGCCAAUGCUGGUCCUCCUCGGGCUCUUCAUUGCGCCCGCCUGGGUCUGCCUCGAGGCGGCAUUCUUCGUGUGGUGGCAGAGGGCUUACGCCCACCUUAACCAGCAACCCAGUCUGCACCGUCCGGCGGAUCCCGAGCAUGCCCGCCGCGUGUUUGACCGGUUCAUCAAGGACCAGGCAAGCAUCUCCAAGUACAUCUGCAUCAAAAAUAUGCUGUCCAAAUGGUAUUGGGGCGUGCCCGCGGACAAACUCACAAAGCGCGACGUUGAGAGCCUCCUGUGCUACGGCUUCUGGUACCGCAGCCGCGAGCAGAUGCGGGCGGACGGGCUGGGUGACGUGGCUGACUCGCUGGUGGCGGAGCUGGAGGCGGCCUGGGGCGUCAGCUUCAAAGACGACGCCGACGCCCAGCCGCACCCCAUGAUGGCGCACCUGUGGCAGCCGGUGCGCGCCUUCUGGCGGCCGCUGGGCUUCUACGUGGCCAUUGAGCUGCUGGUGGGGCUGAAGCACGUGAUGCUGCUGGCGGCGGGCUUCAGGCCCUACAUGGUGGGCGGCCUGCGCUACUACACCUACGGCCUGCCGCCGCUGACGCCCGCCCAGGCGGCGGCGGAGCUGGUCGCGGUGCAGGUGGGCACCGCCAGGCGGGAGCGGGAGCAGGAGGGCCACCGCCAGGAGCAGCAGGCGGCGGCGGCGGCGGCGGCUUCACAGCGCCGUGGCGGCGCCGGGCGGCGCGAGGCGGAGGCCACGUCAGCUGCGGCGCCGCUGCUGUUCCUGCACGGCGUGGGUCUGGGGCUGCUGCCCUACCUCAACUUCCUGCUGCAGCUCAGCAGCCUGGGCCGGCCGAUGGUGGCGGUGGAGGUGCGGCACCUGUCCAUGCGCGCCUGCUCCGAGGUGCCGGAGGAGGACGAGGUGGUGGACUGGGUGUGCGCCGCGCUGGACCGGCACGGCGUGGCGCGGAUGCACGUGGUGGCCCACAGCUACGGCACCUUCAUGGCCAGCCGGCUGGUGCAGCGGCGGCGGGCGGCGGUGGCCAGCCUCACGCUGCUGGACCCGGUGUGCUUCAUCAUGUACAGCGGCAAACUCAUCUACAACUUCGUGUACCGCAACCCCUGGGCCGGCGCCUCCUUCCUCACCUGGUUCAUCGCUCGCGACCUGGCGCACUCGGUGUCCGUGAGCCGGCGCUUCUACUGGUCGCUGCUGAACUUGUGGCCCGACCAGCUGCCCGACCACACGCUGGUGGCCAUGGGCGCGAGGGACGAGCUGGUGCCGGUGCCGGAGGUGCUGACCAUGCUGGAGGCGCACCCCGACACACGCGUGCUGCUGCACCGCAACCACCGCCACGCCGACUUCAUCAAGGACCUGCGCUGGCAGGCGCGCAUGGUGCAGGAGGUGGCGGAGCUCAUUGCGGGUGCCUGCGGCGGCGGCCGCAUAACGCACGCGCGCAGCGACAGCGCCAGCAGCUAUGAGGUGAUGGCCGGGCUGAACGGCGGCAUCAGCGGCGGCGGAGCGAAGAAGACCAACUAGCUGUUGCGGUGAGGUGGAGAGGGCGAAGGAUGGAGGCAGGGGAUGGAGGAGGGGACAUGUGGCGGAAUGGGGCUUGCCGAAGUGCCGUGCCGCAGGCGGACGGGCGGCGGGCUUAGGCGUGUUGCGUGGAAGAGCGUAUGGGGAAGGAGUGGGCAUGGCUAGCCCAUAGCGCUGGCAGAAUGCAAAGGCCGGGCGUAGCAUAUUGCGGUGCAUGAAGAUGAAGUGUGCUUGAUCCCUUUGUAUUGCUGUAUGGCCUUGCCGGGGCAGGGCGUGCUGCCGCCACUGUGAAAGAAACAAGUGUUGCAACGAGGCCGUAUAUGGCGGUGCGUGUGUGUGCGUGUGUUUGAUGCCUGGACGUGUGCUCGGCAUCGACGCUUCAGGAAAGCCGAUGCAGAGUCAACGCGCUGGGGUGUCCAUGUGGAUUAUAUUAUGGGCCCGCGUGCUCGUAACCUUGCAUGCUGAUUGUGUGCGCGUGUACUUGCAGUGAGCCAGGUUGGCACACGCAUGAGUGUGGGCGGGCAGCUGGGGGGCGAGAGCGAAGAGAGUGACCUGGGCGGAAGCACUGGCCGCUUGCGUGUGACUGGGUGUGCCAUCGAAGAGCAACGCUGAUCGAGUACUCACCAAUAGCACCUCGUGUGUGUGUGCGCUCGUGUUCUCUUGCGGCCCCUGGGAUAAAGGUGACCUGAUUGAUUGUGGCAUAGAAAUACAGAAGUUCUGCUCUCUGCUGUUGUUCUAGCUUGUGUAGCUGACAUGGCGUGCUGUCUUGUGAGGUGCCCAUGGCAUGGUCAGCCACCGAUGUUGAAUCUGUGGCCCUCGAUCCUGAAUGUGUGGCUCUCAUUCAUUUGUGAGUUGUGACCAACAAUUUUGUAGGCGUACCGCUUGCCUGUGAGCGUAGGGCCGGAGCAUACACGCAUGGUAGCGUGACUUGUGGGCGUAAGAGCAGGGGAGGCGUGAAAGCUAGCCAAGGCUUGGACCUAUCUCACGAUCUGACGGCGUGUCAACUAUAAUGGGCCUGCGUUUCCUGCAUUCUUGGACGACGAAAUAUUGUACGGGGAGUGUUGGUGUGGGGCAUGAGAUUCACUGCGGCUCUAUGUGGCCACGUCCUGGUCGCAGCAACGUGAAGUACGGCAUGUGCUGCGCGCCAAACCGCCCGUCGGGUGUUGUUCGGCGGUGCGUUGCUACCGUACGUUUUGUUCGCAACUGCGGGGGACUGCACGGCGGGGCUGUGUUGGGCGUGGAAUAACACGAAACACCUUGUACGCAUCAUCGUGCUCUGAUGACAUACGAUGGCUGGGCAUCAGAGACAGGUGCCUAGGGCCCUAGGCUACGUCACUUGUGCAACACAAAUGCCAGACGCCUGUCCAAUACAUACUGCAGGGUCGAAUGCGGGUUUCCCGCUAGCUCAUGCGUCGCUUGCACGCACGGCGCAACAGUGAUUGAUACGGGAAGGCAGCUGUGUAACCCGCGUCACUGCCGCACGGUUGGAAGACAUACAGUGCCCGUUUGUGAACGCCUAAACGUCCGUGCGGGUUGGAGAGUGGGGGUGAUGAGGAAGUGCUCAGAGCGGGGGCUAGGGCACGGUGCGCCGCGCCUCCGACGCGCGUGAAGGGUAGACGGAGCUGCCAUGCCAGGGCCUGCCAGGGCCAAGUUGGGAGGUUAUGUGAGGGACAUCGAUGUGCGUCGCGGGUUUGCUGCUCCUUCACCUCCACACUUCAAGCAAGACGUCGAGUCUGAGGUCCGGCCGGGCGAACUGGAGCAGAGUCAGGCGACGCGAAUGCAGCGGUUACCGUUACAUGGCA